AUGCCAUUCGUUGACUACCCUGCAGCAUACAAGUUCUCAGUUGUUAAGUCCUCACUCGAUGGCUGUAGCUUAGACGAUAUCAACGAUCUGUAUGGCACCCUAGUCAGCUCUGAUUCACUUCGACGCUGGAAGAAGUUGUAUGAAGAUACUCGAACAGAACAUCAGCCUCUCUACGCAGGCAAUUUCCAACGAACUCCACAAGCGACUGUUCAUGUCUCAAAAGACAAUGCAGACAGUGAACCCAAGACAGGAUUUAACGAGGCGAGGUCCUAUGUUGGUAUGGUAGCGUAUCACAGCCCGGAAUCUUUGGUCUUCACUGGUAAGAGGCCGAUCCAUUUGAACCUCAGUCAUUGUGUCGAUGGGGUACGACGAACCAAGGGAUGGGCCCCAAUUGGCGAAAGGACCUCGCGAGCUCCCGUCUCUCGGGCAACUCAUCGAUUCAAUGUAAUUCCUGCAGUGUCGAUGGACGGACUUGUCACUGUCUUGGUUCAACAAGAAACUGUGUGCCGAAAUACCUAUGAGUUCUACUUGGAGCAUAUUUUGCUGCCGAUGAUGAAUCCCUUCCCUGGACCUCGGAGCGUGUUGGUAUUGGAUAACGCUUCUUUCCAUCACAAUGGGCGGAUCGUUCAGUUGGUUGAGGCCCGAGGUUGCCGGUUGCUUUACCUCCCCCCCUACUCCCCAGACAUGAAUCCUAUCGAGAAAGGAUUUAGCAUACUCAAAUCUUCCUUGCGACGUGAUGGUCACCUAGAUGGUGGCAUUAAUGAUGGUGCCACAAUCGAGAAUCAUGUGAAUUACGUCUUUACUGCGGGCUUGAUGAAAAAGCUCUUUAGAGGCUGUGGCUACAUCGAUUGA